AUGCCCGCCGCAACACUAGCAGCGACUUCACAGUCGAACCCUUUCAUCCGCCAACUCGCCUCAAGCAACCGCACAACCCGCGACCGCGCCCUCGACUCCCUCCGAACGUUCCUCCAUCGCCCCACACCCUUCAGCACCCUCGACCUCCUCAAACUAUGGAAAGGUCUCCACUACUGCAUGUUCAUGUCCGACAAACCCCGCAACCAACAACGCCUCGCUCGAGAUCUAGCCGAGUUAGUCGACGUCCUCAAAACCACCACAAUGAAAAUCCAAUUCAUCGCAGCAUUCUGGAAGACGAUGAGUCGAGAAUGGAGUGGCAUUGACGGGCUGCGGAUGGACAAGUAUCUCUACCUCGUAAGAUGUUACAUUGGCAAAGGAUUCGAGGUCUGCGCGAAGAGCAAAGCGUGGACGAAAGACGGGGAGGAGGAUCCAGUGUGGAAGGAGUAUGUUGCGGCCUUGCAGGAGGAGGGAGGGCCGUUGAGUUUAGAGGAUGCGAAGAACCAGGUUCCGGUGGGGUUGAGGUUGCAUGUGUUGGAUAUUUGGGUCGAUGAGCUGGAGAAGGUGGAUGUGAAGGGGGAGGUGCCGGUGGAGAAGAUCAUGGGACCGAUACAGGAGUUGGCGGAUAGGACGCUCACGAGGAGUGUGAGGGUUAGAGCGAAGGAGGCGCUGAGGGAUGAUCGGAUACGGAAGAGGAGGGGUGAAGUCAGUGAGGAGGAGGAGGAAGAGGAAGAUGACGAGGAAGAUGCGGGCGAGGACGAUGAUUUUGGUGGCUUUGAUGAUUGAGGAUGCAUCUGGAAUACCUUUUUGAGCGAUGGAGCUGGGGCGUUUUCUGUUUUACGAAUUCGAAAUAUCGCGAGUCUCCUGCGCCAGAUCUCAGAAGACGCAGGCCUCGAGCCUCAAGCUCACGGCAACGGCGACGCGCGAUCCACAUCUCUGAACGGAUUGUUGCGGCGGCAGGAGUGAAGAAGAAAGAUGUGCAUCGUCUGCAACCUGGUUCAUUAUGCUUCUGUUCUGCAUAGCUGGAAAACACUCCUGCAACUGGGAGGAUCAUG